UUUCUUCUCCCAGCUUCAUUAUCAUGUCCAGAAGUUUCUCUGCUACUGUUGGAUGUCACUUCUAUUCGCUGUGGCUCGCCGGCUGCUGAUCUCAGCCUCUGCUGCUUCCGCCUCUUCUAACUCUCCGCCAUCUCCGAUCCGCAGAACCAACUACUUACCCCCAUUUGCUAUUGCCCAUCUCAAGUGAAGGAGGAGUUGACGACUUUCUGAGGAACUUCCGGGUCGCUCUGUGUGGUCAACGGCCUCCCCUUGCCCUCCACUUUGUCCCCAUCCUCUUCCAUGGAGGUUGCCGAGGAGCAGCGGAGUCAACCGCUAGGCCAGAGCGAUGAAAAUGAGGUAGCUACGGAAGCCAGCUCGAUUGUGCGUGGAGAGCCUCCUCAGGAUUCGGUUGGUCCUCCGAAAGUUGAUUCUGAAGUGGAGGUCCUCCAUGAGAAAGUCACUAAGCAGAUUAUCAAGGAAGGUCAUGGGCAGAAACCGUCCAAAUAUGCAACAUGCUUUGUGCAUUAUAGGGGAUGGACAGAAAGCGCCCAGCACAAGUUUGAAGACACAUGGCAUGAACAGCAGCCAGUGGAGUUGGUCUUAGGAAAAGAGAAGAAAGAGAUGGAAGGCUUGGCUAUUGGCAUAUAUAGCAUGAAGUCAGGUGAACGUGCUCUAUUACAUGUGGGUUGGGAAUUGUGUUAUGGGAAAGAGGGAAACUUCUCUUUUCCGAAUGUUCCACCCAUGGCAGAUUUGUUAUAUGAAGUUGAGCUUAUUGGUUUUGAUGAGACCAAAGAAGGGAAAGCUCGCGGUGACAUGACAGUGGAGGAAAGAAUUGGAGCUGCAGAUAGAAGAAAGAUGGAUGGGAAUGUUCUUUUCAAGGAGGAGAAACUUGAGGAAGCUAUGCAACAGUAUGAAAUGGCUAUAGCAUACAUGGGGGAUGAUUUUAUGUUCCAGUUGUUUGGGAAGUACAGGGACAUGGCAUUAGCUGUUAAGAAUCCUUGCCACCUCAACAUGGCCGCUUGUCUCAUAAAGCUCAAGCGUUACGAGGAAGCUAUAGGGCAUUGUGGUCUUGUCUUAGCAGAGGACGAGAACAAUGUGAAGGCUUUGUUCAGGAGAGGAAAAGCUCGGGCCGAACUUGGGCAGACUGAUGCCGCUCGAGAGGACUUUCUCAAGGCCCGGAAACAUGCCCCUGAAGACAAGGCCAUCGCGAGGGAGCUUCGGCUGCUCGCCGAACAAGACAAGGCUCUGUAUCAGAAGCAGAAGGAGAUCUACAAGGGGAUUUUCGGGCCGAGGCCUGAACUGAAACAACAGCAGAGAGCUAACUGGGUAGUCCUUGUAUGGCAGUGGCUUCUAUUGCUGUUCGUCCGGCUUUUCAAGCUUGUCAGGCGCGAAAAAGAUGACUAAAUAUUUUAGAUUCGAAGCUGUGGAAUGAAUAGCCUGCUUGCAGGUCCUUUUGACAUUCGUUCUAUGAAAUGAUUGUCUAGACUUCUUUAUGACGUGGUGAGCGGAUUCUGUUCAAUUAUUGAGGUGAAAUAAUAUCAUGUAAUACUGGAGGGAAACCGCGCAUUGUGCAAAUGGUAAUUGGGUAUCUUGGAUUUGAUCAA